GGGAGAGCCGGAACUGGCCGGCGCGGGAUAAUCGGGAAUAACCUGCGGGCUGGGAAGUGGAGGGGAGUUGUGUGAGGGGGUUACCUAGUCAAGAUAUCUAGCCUGAACCCAUUUCAGUAUUAUUCCAACCUGAAGUGCAUUCCGGAGACCGAGGAAGCCAUGCUGGAUCGAGACCUCGGUCCGACCCCGUCUUACCCUCCUACAUAUCCGGAGCCCAGUAUUGGAAGACACACACCCUAUAUGUCACAGCCUGAGUAUAGGAUCUAUGAACUCAACAAGCGUCUCCAGAACUGGACAGAGGAGUGCGACAAUCUUUGGUGGGAUGCUUUCACCACUGAAUUUUUUGAAGAUGAUGCAGUAUUAACUGUGGCCUGCUGCCUGGAAGAUGGACCAAAACGAUACACAAUUGGUCGAACCCUAAUCCCUCGCUAUUUUCGUAGCAUCUUUGAUGGUGGAGCAACAGAUCUUUAUUUUAACCUGAAGCACUCAAAAGAAUCAUUUCAUGGCAGCCUGGUGAUACUGGACUGUGAUCUAUGCAGCAUGGUCACACUGCACAACAAACCUAUCUUCACCAAGGUAUGUACAGAAGGCCGCCUCUACCUUGAAUUUACCUUUGAUGAUUUGAUGCGCAUAAAGAAUUGGCAUUUUAAUAUCAGACAAAAUCGUGAGCUGCUGUCACGUAGCAUCCUUGCAACGCAUGCCCAGGAUCCUCCGAUGUUGGAACAGCUAUCCAACAGUAUCACUCGCUCUGGCCUCUCAAACUUCACUCUUAACUACCUCAGACUUUGCGUCAUUUUGGAGCCAAUGCAGGAACUGAUGUCAAGACACAAAACCUAUAACCUUAGCCCUCGAGACUGUCUGAAGACCUGCCUGUUUCAGAAGUGGCAGCGGAUGGUGGCUCCUCCUGCUGAACCCGUCAGACCUCCAACUGCUAAGCGGCGAAAGAGGAAACAGUCCGGAGGCAACACGUCCAGUGUAGGUCCAUCCAGUAACAGCAGUGCGGGCAGUAAAAGAAAGAGUAGCCCUGCCACAGGCUUCAGUCUGUCCACUCAGGUACCUGACGUUAUGGUUGUGGGUGAGCCAGCACUAAUGGGUGGGGAGUUCGGUGACGAGGAUGAGCGCCUAAUCACGCGGUUAGAGAACGGCCAGUAUGAUGCAGCCAAUGGUAUCGAUGACGAGGACGACUUCCGUAACAUGCCAACCUUGGGGAAUAGCAGUCCUUGGAACAGUAAACCACCAUCGAGCCAGGAGAGCAAGUCUGAUAACCCUACGUCUCAGUAACGGUACUGAGAGCUUUAGUAACAAUUUAAGAAUUGCAGGGACUCUUGCAUUUGAAGGUUUAACCCUCUUGUGGCACAAGCAGGUAUUCAGUUGUGAACAAAAUGCUUCUUGAACAGUGAUCCAGGGCAUAAAGUAAGUGUAUUAAUUUUUUUUUGAGGUGAAACUGCAUCCUGUUAGAGGGUAGAUGUAUCAUGUAGAAUAUAGACCAGGAUCACUAAAGCUAGAUUCAAUGCUCAAUCUAGUCUGCCUCUGUGGAAUACGAAUGUGAAAGCCAGGCUUAGUUCCUGCUCCUUAUCCCUCUCCAGUGGCUACAAGAGCACUGCUUUGACAUUUCGCAAGGAUAGAAAUGGGCUUGGGUUGAAUAGUUAGCUAGAACACAUGCUGUCCUCCACUUGAGUGAAGAAUCAUUGUGAAGAAUCACAGUGCCCAUGAAACUCUUCUAUCACUAAAGACAAGGGUGAAAGCAGAAAUUUCGAGGGGAGAUGGCUAACCUAGUAGCAUUGGUCACCAUGCACAUUGGCCUCUUUAGCAGGAGCUUUGAAUUCCAAUUGUAGCCUCGCCAUUAGUUUCAACAGGCCUUAUUAAGGGGUUUCUGCCAGAUGCUUAUGGCGAGUUUAGCUUAAAUAUAUUAAACAUGCCCAUGAACUGGACUUCCAGUAGAUUGAAUAAAGGGAGCUUUAUCAGUCCUUAUGAAAUACUUCCCUCCAUACCUCACCUAGCUUGUGCAGGGAUAGCUUAAUUGGCUUUUCUUUUGAAUGUACACUUGGUACUUUCACAUUCUGAAACUCGCUGAAUAAAACCCCUGGUUUGCUUUAUUCAAGGCCUGGUAGAAUUUUUUUGUAUUUGUGGAACUACAAUUGUUAAAAAUAAUUAAUAUAAUUAGUUGUGCGAAACAAAAAAAUGGCCAUAUUAAUUAAUUUACAUUCCUUUUCAAAAUGUGAAAGCACUGGGCUCAAAGCCAAACCUCCUUUAAACAUGUUGAAGGAGGUGGGAUCAACAGAUGAUUCAGACCUGUUGAUGCUUCCUUCAAGGGGCCCUAAAACACAAGGAUUUUCUUCCCAGGGAAUUUAAUGCUAUAGAAACUGUGUCCUUUCCUUCACCACAUUUAGCCCAGUAAACUAGGUCUGAAUAUUUUUGGAAUGCUUUUUUGAGUGUGCUUGAACUUCCUAUAAGACCUAGCCAAAUUUUUAAACAGUGAUAGUGGGGUUUUGCUUUAGUCUUCCUGCAGUUCUGAUUUAAUGCACUUAUUUUUGCCCUGCUAUCAACUGACACUUCUGUGGUGGUGUGCUGUAUGACACUGUAAAUGUAAAAUGAUGAUGAAUUGAUUUUAUUGCAUUGCACAAGUUGAUUUUUGCCUUGUACGGUUUAUUUGAAUUGAAAAUUGUUUUCACCCCCAUUAUCAAAGAUCAAACAACAAGUAAUUAAAAAUUGCUUCUUGAAUUGCAUCAGGUUUUCAAAUAGUUGCAAGUAAACUGAGUAGCAGAACGUUUCCAGCAGUCAUUUUGUCCACCUGUGAAACAAAUCUGGAAUAUGGAUUUGUCACAGUAGAAGGCUCAUUCCCUUUUAUGGGAUCGCCCCCCUCUCCUCUCCCGCCCACCACCCCAGCAGGUAUGGAAGUUCUGGGAUUUCUUUGGGAUUUUCAGGAAUUCCAGAACUUGCUGAAAUGCUGAGAGAUGAAUUAAAAGGGGUGAUUACUUCAUGGUCAGUUUUUCUUUUGUAAUUUUUAUUUCUCCCAUCUGUUUAGAUCCUCCAUGCCAUGCACCAUUCUUAGGCUGAGAGGACAGAUCCCUGAUCCCAGGCCUCCGUCAAUGUCGCUGUUGACCGGCAGCUGAGAGGUGUGUGAGAACGGUUCAGGGUAAUCCACAAUGGCUGCCACUCACCGUCUCCCUGGCACUGCUAGGCUGAGAACCGGGACUCGCUACAUGGAGGAUUGUGGAUGCUGAACUGUAUCCGGUCAGUCCGCAGCAUGGUGUCUUGGAGUGCAAGCACACUGCACAACUCUAACAACCAUUGUCCUGUUUCCUGUCACGUAGAUAGUGAUUGGCGAUCAUGGCAAAAAAAAAGUUAAUUCAUUAAAAGAAAAUAUUAAAUGUGUCUGAUUGCAAGAAAAAUCGGAUGAGUAAAUGAAUGCAAAUGGAUAAGGGAAAUGAACAGAGGGAGCAUCUGUCCACUUACUGUUAAUAUGCCACUAACUGAACCAUGUACACUAAGUGACGGAAUAGAUACUGGCAUGAUGUGUAGGGUCAUAUAGUGCUGACUGUACAGUGUUGUGUUUGUUGAGCUGUGCAGAAGGUUCCUGUCGCCAUGCUGAGACACACAGUUUGAAUGCAGUGGUGCACCUGCUUCUGUUAACCUUGCUGAAAUUGGACUCCACUUUGUUAUGUAAAAUCAGAAAAUGUUAGAGAAACACUCAUCCAGCAACUGUGGGGAGACCAGUCAAAUUAACGUGCUUCAGAAUUCUUUAUGCUGAAUAUCCAUUGCACUGUUUCCUCUGGGUUUAAAGGAAGGGAAGUUUUCCCAAGGAAAAAAAAACAAAGCAAAAAAAUACCUGCUCAAGGACGUCAAAUGCUUUCUUUUGCCAGGUGUGACACAUAAACAGCCGGCUGGUGUGAAACCAGGAUGGUAAUUUCAAGUCUUCUGCACAUCCCACACUUGCGUUGUGUUAUUACUGAAGCUUUUGUUCUAGGAGACAGACAAAGGUCUGGAACAGCUUCUGUCUGCACUUGGUGGCAGCAAUGUAAUUCUCAGUACUCAGCUAGUUUUUUUUAUUACCCAUUUAUAAUUUACGCUUGUCUUUGUAGUUUGGAGUCAGAUUUGAUUCCCAUUUGUAAAUAUGUUAUUGUCCGCUCCAGGUGGACUCCCAGGUCACUCUGUGCUUUGAUGUGGCCACUUCCAUGAGUGUAAUUGGUGUUUUCCAAUAGAUGCAUCCUGAUGUUCAACAAGACAUGGCCAAUUUUUUUAGAACAGAUGCUGGGGUACAACUAGCAUCUGCUCAGCAUGUGGCCUAUCAGACUGAUUUAUCUGUAUCCAUAGUGGGUGACAGAUCUCUUGUGUCUCUUCAGGAUAUUCAGUGUAUUGAAUUAUCUUCGGUACAUUAGCAGCUGUACCCAAGUCACGAUGUGUUGAUUUGGAUUGCUACCACUUCAUUGAGAUCCACCUGUCUUGUUAGGAAGCUCUAAGAGUUUCUGCCAGCAAAGAAUAAAUAGUACUACAUAUUUCUCUCUACGGUAUAUAGCUUUUAGAUGUUGGAAGGGAACCAUUAGCAAAGUAAGGAUGUUGUGUAGUUUUUAUGCUUCUGUGUGUUAAGGUCUGAGAUUUGUUUCUGAAUUUGCAGCCUUUUGUCUGUAAGACAUCCAGCUAAAAGCCGCCUAGUUCUGCAGGACCCACAUUUCCACUCCCAUUAUCUUUAGAAAGGAGAGCAAUGAAUUAGGUAAGUCUAGAUUAUAUCAGGAAUGAGAGAACAGAGUACAUUAACAUUGGCCUCUACUAUUGCAAAAAUUCUGAAUUGCCUGAACUGCCUUUUCUCCCCUGCACACGUAUUGCAUUUUGUGCUUGUUAGAAAUGAUUUUGUUUAUGUUAGUACUAAUCCUUUUCCAUCUUUCUGCCAGUGUGAAUCCCUUCAGUUUAGAGAGAUUUAAUAAGAUUGGUAAGAUGCAUAUCAGAUUAAAAAACAGUACACUUACACCACAUCCUGUGCAUUCUGUCUUGUGCAUUGGACUCAAGUGUAAAAUUUCAGUUCACUUCUGUUUUUGCAUUAGUGGUUAUGUAUCUAUGUGUUGAUCGGAAUCCUGUAACCAUCUGACUUUCAUCCUGAAUCUACAAUCUUCAGUCAUUGUUUACACUGAGUCAUUUGGUAAACUCCUGCUUAAUACUGUUAAACCAAGAGUUAUUCCCCAUUCCAGGAACCUACAAUACUCACGAGCACAUGGGGUUUCUGUCAAUUCUGCACGUGAUCACUGUAUGGUGCCAUUUACUAAACUGUUCAAAGUGUUAUGUAACAAAAAAAACUUCUAACCCCGAAUAUUUUGAUGUUGCCUUUACUGAAGGGUGGUCAUUGGCCAGGGAUAGGGUGGGUGUCUAGGUAAGGCAAUGUUAAGGAUGAUAGGCUGGCAGGUUUAGGCAACAUUUUAGCUUUGUUCUGUUAACCCCCUUAAGGAAGUCAGGUUAUAUGUCGGGGAAGGUAUGUUGUUGCUUUGGACAGUAAGUGUGCUGAUACUUUACCAAGACUUGCACUUUGAAUCCAGACCGCCGUAUCAUUGACAGUAGUGCCCUGCUGUCACUUGAGAGCAGAUACUGAUAAAAUGAUAACUGAUACAAAAAUGAAGUCUAGGAUUAAAGAAACCCGUUUGGUCUUGCCUCCACUGUUUCUUGUUUGAUCCAUAAUGUGUCGUUCUCUCCACCACCUUUUAGUAAACUGUGAAAUCCUGUGUGACGUUUGCCUGGAAGCUCCUGCAGAGUGGCAGGAAUGUGUAGAGUUGUUUUUAUGCUGGGCGUAAGAUGAAGUGAUAAUUGUAGCCCACUUUUACAUUUCUGAACAUGUAAAAAAUAUUACACGCUUUUAUACCAGAUCACUACAGACUAGAACAUUGUGUUCUCGUUGGUUUGACCCAUUACAAAUUGUUAAGCUAUUUGAAUAAAAACUUUUCU